GGAGGAAGGACAAUGGCAUGGUCUUUAUUUUCGUAGCUUCUUACCACUUAGUGGCUGCAAUAAUUUGACAUUCUAUGAUGUGGCUUUCUGCACUUUUGAUUGGCACAGAAGGCUAUUUUUAUUAAAGAAACUGGAUUCAAGUUUUUUGAGAAAGCAAAAAUGCCUUGCUCUUCUCACCAAACGUAUUUGGUAGAAUGUGAUGGGAAGCUUAUGUCAGUGUUUGUGGAUUUCUUGGGAAGGUGGUUCGAAUUUUUAAGUUAAAAAAUUCCGAUAUGGUUUGGGUUGAAGUUGAAAGCAUAGGUAACCAUACAAUUUAUGUUAGCCAUUUUUCAUCUUUUGCCAUACCAGCAACACAUGGAAUGGAGAAUAGAGUUUAUUUCCUAAAGAUUCUAUGGCAAAAAUGCUGCUAGUAUUCUCUCUGCUCGAGAAAGUUACACUACCAUGGCAGCGAGAAAAUCCUAGAAAGCUUUUACAACACAGAAGAACUAUUAUAUUCUAGUUGGGUUCAACCCAUGUUGUUUUAGAUCACUAACUAACAACCUCUCUCAUGAUUCAUAGUAAUAUCUAUUUAUUUGAUUUUAGAUUUCCUUAAAGACUUCACUUUCCCUUUCAUUUCUUCCAUUAUUCCUUUGUCAAGUAAGCUCUUUGCUGGUCAUAUAUGGUAUCUGAAAAGGUAAGCUUUUAUGAUUUUUCUUAACUCUUGGAUUGGUGCGUCUUGAACACUGUUUUAUGCUCUCUCUGCAGACGUGAAGAGGGUUUCCAUUUGGUUGUGUUCUAAGUUAUAUUUGAUGGAUGAUACAGAGGUUGAUGAAGUGAUGUUACUGGUUAAAUUACCUUGUAAAUUCUUGGAAGUUCUCAGGGCAGUUUCAAUAAUUGAAUGGUUUCUAAGGUAAGGCGCAUGCAGUUUCGUGGUGUGUAUCGCCAUUUAUUGUUCGGCGGCCGUAACCUUUAGACAACACAGAUAGAAACAGUCGAUUUUGUGAUUAAGCGUUUAGCCCCUUUCUGAUUUUCCAUGUUCAAAAAUAAAAAAGGGAGAAAAAACAUGUGACAAGACA